AGAUAAUCUACAAGACACUGAGAAAUUAACACUCACAACACGCUGGAGGAACUCAGCAGGUCGGGCAGCAUCCGUGGAAACGAUCAGUCAACGUUUCGGGCCGGAACCCUUCGGCAGGAAUUAACAUCUUUAAAUAUUCUUUAAUUCUUUAUCACAUGCAAUUCGAAACAUACAAUGAAAUGCGUCGUUUACAUUAACAACACACUCACGGAAGGAUAUGCUGGGGGCAGCCCGCAAAUAAUUUAUCAUUUUGGCAAUUUAUCAUUUGGCUCAGUUUACUUUUUGCUCCAGAUUUCAGCAUUUCUAAUCAAUUCUUGUAAAAUCAAUAUCUUGCGUCUCCAAUCAAUAUUUUAAGUCCCUUUCAAUUCAGCAAACUUUGUUCGAAAUCGGCUUUCCGAUCAAUCUAUGUAGGUAAAUUGUGUUCUGUGUUGCCGCUGUGCAGGCAGCAAAUAUUCUAUACUGUAUUCAGUUUGAAGGGUAUUUUAUAUUUCCAGCAAAUGCAGUGUUUUGCAUUUGUGCCGAUAUUCAAUCCAGUCCCUUGAUUUCAUUCCCUGCUCCGUACAUCACCCGUCCUGACUCAGUAACCUGGGCAAUUCAGCACCUGCAUCUUGCGUCCCCCAGCAACAACUCUAAAGCCCGUUGACAAGCCUUGCCCGGGACCGGCUUGGACACGCGUAUUCCGGCGUUGGUUGUGACGCCGGUUCCGGGGCUGAGCUGAAGCCAUGGCUGUGCGCGCUGGUUCUGGGGACGCGGCCAAGUUGCUGCAGUUUAUCCGGUUUAUCGGGCAGUUGAAGAGAGUAUCCCGAACCGGUUGGGUUUAUAGAAAUGUGAAAAACCCGGAGAGUGUGUCGGACCACAUGUACCGGAUGGCUGUUAUGGCAUUCUUAAUUGAAGAUCCAAGCCUCAACAAAGAAAGAUGCAUUAAAUUAGCCCUCGUUCAUGAUAUGGCAGAAUGCAUUGUGGGUGACAUAGCGCCAGCAGACAAUAUUAGUAAAGAGGAAAAACAUAGAAGAGAAGAAGAGGCUAUGAAAUGUUUAACAGCACUCUUAAACAAUGAUGCAAGUAAAGAGAUCCAGGAGCUUUGGCAGGAAUACGAAAACCAGUCAAGUAAUGAAGCCAAAUAUGUGAAAGAACUGGAUCGGUUUGAAAUGAUUGCACAGGCAUUUGAAUAUGAAGAGAUGGAAGAAAAACCUGGGCACUUACAGGAAUUUUUUGAUUCAACAAAAGGAAAAUUUAGUCACCCUGAAAUUCUGCAACUUGUGACAACUUUGAAUACGGAAAGGGAUGCUAGAGUGAAAAAAAGCCAGCCACAGAGUUUUGUCAAGAGUGUGAGUUGAUGCAUUGAGAAUAUAAAAUUCAACGA